AUGCGCGACGCGACGAUUCACGUGCGAGUCUGGCAUGGCCGCGCACGCUUGCCGCUGGUCCAGCCGGGGGCUGGACCAUCUCAAGUUACAGUAGUUGUCGGCACAAAUGACUUAACUCAAGGAGGGAUCAAACAUAAAUCUAAAAGGUUGAUUGUUCAUCCUGACUACAGCGGAUAUGACUUGACUAAUGACAUAGGAUUAAUUGAACUUGAUUCUCCACUAAAUUUUUCAUCUAAAGUGAGCAAAAUUUCCCUUCCAAACAAGGAUAUUAAAAUACCCUUAACACCUGUAGUUGUGACUGGAUGGGGCCAAACCUCGCCCACUGGAGAUGGUGAAAUGUCCUCAGUCUUGCAGUACUUGAAUCUGAGGAUUAUCGGAGAGAAACUUUGUCGCCUCAUCAACAAGGAGAAAGUGACUGAGAGAAACAUUUGCACAAGCAGUACAAUUGGAAGAGGAAUCUGCAAGGGUGACGCUGGUGAUCCAGUGGUUUUUGAUGGGACAUAUCAAGUUGGAAUUGUUUCCUGGGGAGUUGCACUCUGUGGCCUAGGAGUACCUGAUGUACACACACGUGUUUAUAGCUAUGUCGACUGGAUUAAUGGUUAUAUUAGCAACUAA